CUUCUAGAGUUCUUGGCUUCUUCUACACUUCGCCUCUGCACCACUUGCCAGCUUCCUCGGCUCACUUCCCACUUGCUCUUCUACUCACCUCUCUGUCAAGUUUCAAGUUACCAUCAAUCUUGAAUUCUUGAUCGAUCAGGUGUCUCGUAGCUAGCUUUGGAUGGAGUUUGACAUGCUGAACUCCAACCCGGAGGCUCAGCUAGAGCUGAUGAACACAAUGCUACAGCUGGAGCAGCUGAGUGCAUUCCCUGACCACGCUGGCAUGGUGGUGCCGUGCACCCCCCCUUCGCCAUGCAUGGGAGCGCAAGGUCAUAGCUUCUCCUCGGUGAACCAGCCUCACGGCGUGCCGGGAGCCAACGGCAGCGCCGGCUACCGCGACCAGUAUUACACCCAGCUUCCCGCCGCCGCGUACAACGCGGCAGGCGGCGGCGGCGGCGGAGGAGGAGGCCGCUCGGAGUACCACACGGCGGCGCGCCCCGCUGCCUCCGGCGGGGACGGCGUGGGGCCGGCGGCGAUGAGGGAGAUGAUCUUCCACAUCGCGGCGCUGCAGCCGGUGAACAUCGACCCGGAGACGGUGCGGCCGCCGAAGCGCCGCAACGUGCGCAUCUCGACGGACCCGCAGAGCGUCGCGGCGCGGAUGCGGCGGGAGCGCAUCAGCGAGCGCAUCCGCAUCCUGCAGCGGCUCGUCCCCGGCGGCACCAAGAUGGACACCGCCUCCAUGCUGGACGAGGCCAUCCACUACGUCAAGUUCCUCAAGACGCAGGUGCAGUCGCUGGAGCGCGCCGCCGCCGCCAACGGCCACCGCCCGCCGCCACCCACCGACGCCGUGGCCUACCCGGGCCUGAACGGCCAGUGGUAGAUCUUGUCCGAUCGACACGUACGUACCGCCAUGACGAGGGCGUGACCAUGUAAUGACCGACCAUUCAUCACCGUUGGGCUCAGAGCAUGCACGUACGUCGACGGCGCGUCGGUAGCUCUAGCACCUGUACUAUCACAUCUGUACAUUAAGAUGUAACGUACGUAGUACUACUACCUAGUAGUGCGCAUGCUUGUGAUUCAUGGAACCGCGAGUUCAUCGCAGUUCGAUCGAUCAUGCAUGCGCAUGCACGCGCGGCACCAAAUACAAGUAUGUUGUAGCUUGUACAUUGUACGCCAUGCACCUUCCUUUUCAUCUUGUUAUAUUAAUCGAUCUAGCAUUUUCGU